AUGGAACAGUGGCUGUCUGCCGUUGCCGGGUCGAGGACUUCUGACGACCAGGCGUCCACAUUCGAUUAUAAGAAGGUUCCAGUGCGGGACAAUGCAUUCUGGGUCAUGCAGCUCUCGCCCGUGGGCUUUCAAGGCAAGGAUCCACAGGUUCACCAAGGCGAGUACUUACCAGGAAGCACGCCUGCGUUCGGCAUCAUCAUAUACGACGAUCGGGACCAGUUCCUGGUGCAAGAAAUGGUCUUGCCGGGGAUGCUUUCGUCUGACGUCUUGCUGAAGUAUGCGAUCGCAUCUCCAUUGCCACCUAACCUACCCUGUGCACCCAGUCUGCGUGUGAUCGCUUACAAACUCAGUCCACAUGUUGAUGCACUUCGUCCCUUCCUGGACUCUCUUCCGGCGCCGUUCAGCUGGCGUUCAGAAACAUUCGAGGAAGCAGAAAGGGUCGGUUUGGGCGCCCACAGCCUCAGCAUCCAGGGUGUCGCAAAGGCAAUCAAGCGCGCCGAGGAGGAGAAACAACUCGGUAACGAGGCCAUCGGACGCAAGGACCGUACCGCCGCCAUCAAGCACUACUCCGAAGCCUACGAGUUCCUCGCUGAUGCGAUAGCACAGAAUCCGACGGUCGAGCAGACGCGAGACAUCAAGCGGGUGACCGCCAUCUGCCUUGCGAACCGAGCGGCGGCGUUGUUGCUAGAGGGCGAAGGCCAGGAUGCGAAGAAGGCUUUGGCGGACGCAGAGAGGGCGGCGACGUUUGACGAGAACUACGGAAAGGCGUAUCAUCGUCAAGCGAAAGCUCACCAGCUAUUGGGCGCGCGCGGGUCGUCGAUCGACGUUCUCACAACGGCCCUCAAGAAGCCAAGCCACGCAUCCGACAAGGAUUUGAACGACGCGCUUGUAGGCGCGUACGGGGGGUUCCCUGAAUCACCUGACAAGAUGCGCGCGCUAUGCUGCCGACUCUUCGUUGACAAAGACGGCGAUCUGCGUGCUCGCGACAUCAAGGAGUUUGUACGAAGGGCGGAUGCACACGUCAAGAAGAUAUCCGCCACAACACUCUAG